AAUAAAUAAUAGAAUUCUAUUGACAGUGCUGGUAUUAGUAGCAUCUUUCCAUUCUAUAUUUUUCGGUUUUGAUAAUAACAAUUUGUGUUGCACUGUUGUGUUGUUUUAUUCUAUCCAGAUUUGCAAUUAAGCUUAGUGCAACAUAUUUUUUAGCAUUCAGUACCAAUACUGCGACGUACCAUAUUAUGAACAGCUACAGAUCAUCUCAAGUUGAAAAUAUCCAUCAGAUGGAAAGUCAGUUUAUGUAUGAAAAGCCACAAACAACUAAUUUUCAGCUACUUCAGCCCGUGGACAGAUCUCAAACAGUGCUAGUUAAUCCACACUUUCAAGCAAAAAUUAAGUCAAACAGUAGAGUAUUUUUAAAUCCCAAUUUUUCAGGCAGCUCAAGCAUACAUGUUAACCCUAGAUUAAAAACACAUGUAAGAAAAACUGAAGCUCCAGUUUCAAAAAUUCAUAUAAAUCCCAACGUAAAAAAUAUCCAAUUGCCAGUGAGCAGCCAAACAGUUCAUAUAAACCCUAAGUUCACCAGUGCAGUAACUAAUAUUUUAAAUUCAUGUGAUAUUCAGGAAAAAAAAGAAAAUGCACCACUUAAUAAACCUAAUAAAGCUCUUGUUUUAACAAGAACAAAAUUAAUAAGAAGCCAUUCACCACACAGGAAAUUAAAAAGAAGAAAUUCUGUUAAAUCAAAGUAUAAAAUAGUUAAAACUGGUUGUUCUUCAAAGAAAAGCUGCUCUUUAGCAUCGGCUCAACAAGGCACCCAUCAAAAUAAGUACAAAAUUGAUAAUAGAAUAAAUAAAUCAGGAUUACUAAACUUUAGAAAUCCUUACCUAGUGAAAAAAUAUUGUAGAAAAUAUGUCAUUAACACACGUCCUGUAGUUGGCAGCCCACUGGUUAAGGCAAACAUUAAGGGCAAUUUAUAUAAAAAAGUUAAAGUUUACACCACCAUUAACAUAAAUGGGAUAACAUAUUGCAAAACAAGAAAUUCUAUCCAAAGAACAUGUGCUGGAAUUGGUAAUAAAAUAUUUUUAAAGGACAGGAGUAAAAAAGUAGCUAUGAAUCAGUCUAGCACCAGAAGGAGUAUUGUAAAAAAGUUUAAAGUAAUAAGGAGACAAAGUCCAAAGAAAGGGAAGGAAAAGGCUUCCCCAAAGAGGCUGAAAACUUGCAAUAUUCCAUGUCCAUUUUAUAGAAAAUAUGGUGUUUGCAGAGGAAAGGAAAAUGGAAAGUGUUUUUGGAAACAUGAUCCAGAUCAAGUUGCUCUUUGUACAAAGUUUUUACAAGGAGCCUGCCUAAAAGAAAAAUGUCUCCUAGCGCAUAAUGUUUCUCCUGAAAAAAUGCCCACAUGCAAAUACUACUUAGAAGGCGCAUGCUCAAGAGAAAAUUGCCCAUAUUUACACGUUAAAAUAAACCCAAAAGCGGAUGUAUGCCGAGAUUUUUUGGAAGGUUUCUGCAAAAAAGCAGCCGAGUGUGACAAGAGGCAUCAGUAUCUAUGUCCAGAAUAUGAAAAAUAUGGCAAGUGCAUCAAACAGAGAUGCGCAUAUCCGCACGGUAGUAUGGUAAGAACUUAUUUGAUGAAUAAAAAUAAAUUUGUCAAAAAAUCCUCUGAAUUUAUACCACAACAACCUGUUGGGCAUCAAAAGUCGGUUGAUAUUACUUUAAAAGGGGAAAAAUGUGAAGAGAAGCAGAGAUAUUAUGCAGGAAAUGGGGGUGAGAGUUCUCCAAUAGACGAAGUUGGGACAGAUUAUAUUAAAAAUGAAGUGCCUCUUAAAACUUUUGUGGGUUUGCAGUCUAGGCCCAAAUUGGGUAGUUUGCCUUGCUUUAUACCUUUCAAAGAUAAUUUAUGAUAUUUCUAGAAUAAUUCUUAUUGUGUGAUGAUAUUUUGAUAUAAAAAUAUACAUUUUAUUUUAUAAAA